AUGGGGAUGCUCCUGCCCACUGCUCUCGCUGCGGGGCUGCUGAGCCUGUUCCAGCAGCAGCUAGACUCCCUCUGGAGUGGACUGGCCAUCCUGUUUUGCUGGUUUAGACUAGCACUGAAAUGGCUAGGUUCUGGAAAGGGACAACCACAGCCACAGGUCCGGACCAUGCCCGAGGAGACCCCGGAAGAACCAAACGAUUCUCAGCCUACAGUCCCUGUUAGCGUCAACUACCACUUCACCCGUCAGUGCAAUUACAAGUGCGGGUUCUGCUUCCACACAGCCAAGACAUCCUUCGUGCUGCCCCUGGAGGAGGCCAAGCGAGGGCUGCUUCUGCUCAAACAGGCUGGUAUGGAGAAGAUCAACUUUUCAGGAGGAGAACCCUUUCUGCAGGACAGGGGUGAAUACGUGGGUAAGCUCGUGAGAUUCUGCAAGGAGGAGCUGGCCCUGCCCUCUGUGAGCAUCGUGAGCAAUGGCAGCCUCAUUCGCGAGAAGUGGUUCAUGGACUAUGGUGACUAUCUGGACAUUCUUGCCAUCUCUUGUGACAGCUUCAUUGAGGAUGUUAAUGUUCUCAUUGGCCGGGGUCAGGGGAAAAAGAACCACGUGGAAAACCUUCAAAAACUGAGGAAGUGGUGUCGAGACUACAAGGUGGCUUUCAAGAUCAACUCCGUCAUCAAUCGCUUCAAUGUGGAUGAAGACAUGAAUGAACACAUCAAGGCCCUGAACCCUGUCCGCUGGAAGGUCUUCCAGUGCCUCCUAAUUGAGGGUGAGAACUCUGGAGAAGCUGCCCUGAGGGAAGCAGAACGAUUUCUUAUAAGCAAUGAAGAAUUUGAAGCAUUCUUAGAGCGUCACCAAGAGGUGUCCUGUUUGGUGCCGGAAUCUAACCAGAAGAUGAAAGACUCCUACCUUAUUCUGGAUGAAUAUAUGCGCUUCCUGAACUGUACUGGUGGCCGGAAGGACCCUUCCAAGUCCAUCCUAGAUGUCGGGGUGGAAGAAGCGAUAAAGUUCAGUGGAUUUGAUGAGAAGAUGUUCCUGAAGCGGGGAGGCAAGUAUGUAUGGAGCAAGGCUGACCUGAAGCUGGACUGGUGAACCCGAGACAAGAAGGAUAGUCUGACCAGCUAUGCGAAUCUCCACGUGAAGCUGUCCACCACCCGAGGUUCUCGCUCUCUAUCCAGAGAUGAAAACAUGAUUCUCGGUUGUAUAUCCUCUGGCUGUCUGUGGAUUAUCGUUACUGAGAAUGUGGACUGUAUGUCUGUUUUAGUUUGACUGAACUAAGAAGAAAGGGGUAAAACCACGCAAUGAUAGCUUAUAAAACAGAUAAUCUGCCUGUGUGCAGGGAUAGAGUUCAGUUCCCAGAAGAGCGAGGUGCACUCGUCCCAAAGACCAACGUAUUUAACUUGUGUUUGAAUUUUUGUGGAAUUUUACUGUGAAUCCCUUGUUUCCUUUCUCCUCCUCCUUACUUGAGAAGGUGAGUUAUUUUCUACUAAAUAUGCCAGUUUUAUUCACCAGGAAACAUCACAAAAUACGUCCUCCGGUGACUAUUUAAAGGCUCUUCUGCUUUGGAAUGUUGGACUUUUUACUCAGAAGUAUAGGAAGAGUAGAAGGUCAUCCUCUAAGUCUGGAAAAGCAGCAACGGCUGUGUUGGCGCAUUCCGUAAAAGUCAUGGAAGCAAGGCCAGGAAGGACUCUGUCGGGAGUAUGGAGUGUGGUCAGCUUGGUAUAAAAGUGCUUGUGACUCCAUGGAAUAUUUCCCAAGAAAGCCUGAAUGAGACCCAGUCUAGGUCAACGUGAGAUGAACCAGAUGCUUCUCUGAAACAAAAAGGCAGAAAAGACGAUGAGAACAGGUCAAAUACUCUUCCUGUGGAAGCAUCGCGUGAUGCUUGCCAGACCAGAGCUGCAUCUCACCGUUUGCAAAAUAACAAUUCCCUAUCAAAGAGCAAAAAUAGUUGCAAGUUUUCUGUUGCCAAUGAAUUUUAACGUCCCUGAAAUUCUUCUGCUGCCGCUAGAGGGCACUGAGAUGUCGGACUUCAUUAGGCAUCUCAGAAAUAUUGCUUCAGAGUUUACUUUUAGAACUUGGUGAAUUUUGGUUCUGUUCCUUCAGUGUGUGUGUGUUUGGAUAAGUACUAAGAAUUUGAUAAGGAACUGGAUUUGUAUGUAUUUUCUCACAAAAGAUGUUUAUACUUCAGUAAGGUCAUCAUAAUUCAACAAAAACACUUUGUCUCACCCAAAAUAGGUCAGGAGCUCUGUAUUUCCUGUUUUGUUUGUUUGUGUGCUUAGUGACUGCCUUUUUUUCCCUUGACGUUGGGUAUAACUAUGUAGCCCAGGCUAUCCUGGAAACCAUGCUCUCCCUGCCCUAACUUCCCCCAUUCUAGGGGUUACAUUUGUAUAUCCCCAACUCCUAUCAAGGUAUUUUAGAGAGAAAACUGAGUCACGUUUUUCCUGCAGAUUUUGAUAUUUUUUUAGUUAAGUCCUGUGUACUCAGUUUACCUGGGAAAGCCCAAACGACAGGGGCAGAUGCCCGCUUGAUCAUGUGACAAGAAACAAAUUGGAGCUGAAGCCCCAUCUUCUGACUUGGAGUUCAUUUUCUUCUAGUUGAGUGAACCUGCAUGGCUUCUUCCCCUAAGAAAGCACAAGAGCAGCGUACACUUGGGACGUGAGCCAUCCGAAAUGCACCCCAAGCUGUCCCUCCUACUCCUGACCCUCUGUGUAUGCACAGGUUGGGUGAGUCAGACCUCUAGGCUUAAAAUACUCAAAAAUAACCCUUCUUCAAGUGAAUAAUUGUGAUAUUCUAUCAUCACAGUAAAAAUUAAGUUCGGAUUAUAUCAUGAAAUUGGUUUCCUUUCUCAGUUUUAAAUCUGGGUGUUUGUUUGUGAAGCACACUCUCUUCACCAGGAAAGCAGAGCGUCAUUUAGUUGACAUUUGCUAAAUGUUGCAGACAGUGGUGUCAGAUGACCGAUUGACUCAGGGUGGCGAUGCUGGGAAAGGCGAUUUGCUGAAGAACUUUGGAGGGUAGGACACCCCCACACUGAUUUUAAAGCCCCCAGUGUCUCUGUUAUAUAGUGUUAAAUAAUAAAAUCAUGGGCUGUUCAUUUUUAUGCUGGAAACUGUAGGAUGCUAUCUGGCUAAACAAUGUGGGAAAAAUGGGCUCAGGUUUGAAUUGAAUUGGAUUUUGGGGUCUAAUUAUUGCAUAGAUAAAUAGCCAAACCAUCAAACCCAGGAGCACUUGGUUCCUUCCAGCAAUAAUUCAGCUCGUGUCCUACCCUCUUGAUGAACUGAUAUUGUUUAAUAAGCUCUUUUUAAGCCAAAGAACAAUGAUGCGGGUGAUCACAUAUCAUCUGAGUGUAUUCAGAUGAGCUUUAGUAUUGGGGGUAUAUGUAUAUGUAUUCUUCUGUAGGAUUUUACUGUAUGCGGUAACAUGUUUGUUGUAAUAAAAUGUUCUGUG